UUAUUUGUGUUGCACCUCCUAGUGAGAAACCCAAAAAGCUAAAAGCUAGUUAGCGAGCCUCUUUCGAUUGUGGCUCGGCAAUCGGUAUCAUCAGCAGUUCCCCCUGCAAUGCCCAAACCGAAACCUGAGGUUGUAAGAAAAGAAACGGGAACUGCGGGAAUGAGAGGAUGAGACUAGGAGGUGAGGGAGAGAAUUGCAGCAAAAUCUCUAGGCAGCAAAGUUUAUCCAGCUGCGACAACAGGAACAUUGGCUGGCAAAACUUUAAACAAAACAUCAUAACUUCUAACGUGCUUUGCUCGUUGACUUGACGUGAUCAUGCUCGGUGCACAGUUCCUUGGGCUGGCGGCAGUGACCUGUAUAGUUCGAGUGUGGGUCCUACCUGUGAGUUCCCUCCCCACAGAGAGAGAGAAGGGAAGAAGAAAGGUGGUACACGUAUUGGAGGAUGAGAGCGGCGCGGUGAUCGUCCAGACGGCACCGGGUAAGGUAGUCACCCACCGCGGCGGCUCCAUCACCCUGCCGUGCCGAUACCACCACGAACCGGAGAACAGCGACCCCGCCCGCAUCCGCAUCAAGUGGACCAAGGUGACGGACACCUUCCGGUUCGAGGACGUGUUCGUGGCGCUGGGGCGGCAGCAGCGGGCGCUGGGGGCGUACCGCGGCCGCGUGACUCUGGAGAACGCGGGCCCCUGGGACGCCUCGGUCGUCAUUCACAACGUCACGCUGCAGGACUACGGUCGCUACGAGUGCGAGGUCACCAACGACAUGGAGGACGACACGGGCUUCGUCAGCCUCGACCUUGAAGGUGUGGUGUUCCCCUACCAUCCUCGCCUGGGGCGCUACAAACUGAACUACCACCAGGCCCAGGAGGUGUGCCGGCAGCAGGACGCCAUCUUGGCCUCCCACGGGCAGCUGCACAAGGCCUGGCUGGAGGGCCUGGACUGGUGCAACGCGGGCUGGCUGGAAGACGGCUCGGUGCAGUACCCCAUCUCGCACCCCCGGGACGAGUGCGGCCGCAAGGACGCUCCCCCCGGCGUCCGAAACUACGGCUACCGGCACAAAGAGGACGAGCGCUACGACGCCUUCUGCUUCACCUCCAAUCUCAAUGGCCGGGUGUACUUCCUGAAGCGCUUCAAGAAGGUGAACUACAGCGAGGCGGCGAAGGCGUGUCAGAGGGACGGCUCGGCGGUGGCGAAGGUGGGCCAGCUGUACGCCGCCUGGAAGAUCCAGCUGCUGGACCGCUGCGAGGCCGGCUGGCUGGAGGACGGCAGCAUCCGCUACCCCAUCGUCAACCCGCGGGCCCGCUGCGGCGGCCCCGAGCCCGGCGUCCGCAACCUGGGCUUCCCCGACAAGAAGUUCCGCCUCUACGGGAUCUACUGCUUCCGCAAGAACAGAGAGGGCGCUGCCGUGCCUCCCACCCCGCAGCCGAAGAAGGCCGUUGGCGCCGCCGCCACCAACGGGACCAGCAACAUCUAAAUAAAAGGAGGUGGGGGUGAGGGGGGCGGGGGUGUGUUACCGUCCCCAUGGCAAUAGCACAAUGGCUGGUGUGGAAAUGACUGACAGGACAAGCUCAUUUGCAACCUCGUCAGUAAGGAAAGUAGGGCAGCGUUAAAUCAGUGAGCAAUUUUGCCUACGUGAUUUCCCUUCCCUUUUAAAAUAUGAGAUGUCAGUCAUAUUUUGUGCGAGUCGCUCUCUCUACAAGAGGCUAAAAUUACAGCUUGGCAUCUACCAGACGCAUCAGAUUAGAAAGCCUUUCAUUUGGUGCAUUGUUUGCCCUUGUACUUUAUCUAGCCUACUGCAUGGAGGCAGAGGCAGGAUUUUGCCUCAAGUGUCAAUUUUUUUUGCUAACCCACCCCUUCAAAAAAAUAAAUGAAUAAAAAAACUAGAUAGAUAAAUAAAGGAUGCACGAGUACUCUCUGCGAAAACCUUAAUUAGCGCGGAGACGGAGAGAUGAUUUUUGCACGUCUCCUAACAAAUGCAGCCCGUCAGACACGGCCCUCUCCGGUCUGAUUAUGAGAGAGCGACGAGCCGCUGAAGUGCUUCCUCCCCGCUCCUCUGCCCCGCUCCCGCCCGAGCUCCAGCUUUUCGCCGCGGCUGUCCUGCUCGCGCGGCUCUCGCGCGUUUGGUUUUCUGAAGAUGCCGUUUAUUUGCCGCUUUUGCACAGAGGGGUCCGCUGGCCCGUCAUUAGAAGGAAAUGAGCCUUUUCGUAGUCGGCCGGUUGGCUGCGUCGUGAUUUUCUGCACUCAGUGCAGCAUGCUCGCACUUCUAUGAAAACGGUUUAAAUUCUAAUAUCGUAAGCACGUUUGAACAGGAGCUAGCUUUAGAAGUUUAGGCAGAACUGAAUAAAAGCAACCACAAUAUAAAGAGCUACUUUAUAUUCAGCUGUUAGCUAUCCACCUUAUAUCCUAAAAUCAGUGGUCCGUCAGCAGUAGUAAUGUACAACCGCGAUGUACAGAAUCUUGUCUGCACUUCUACAUUUUUAGGGAUCAAAUUUGUGCUUUGAGGCAAGUGGUUUAGCUGCCUGCGAUCUGAUUGUAAUGCUACUUUACCUUUAGAUUCAGUAGGUAAUGCAAAUGUUCCAGACUACUUCACAAUCAUAGCGCUAUUCUGAAAGUCAAAAGAUAUUCUGGUUCAUUCUAUAGCUGUGGUGUGAGAAUGUAACACCAACACAUCAAUUUCAACCUCUUCUUUUUACUAAAAGGCACAUUUUGUACUUGUGGCAAGCGUUUGUGUACCGACAGCAGUGAACAUGCAGCUGUGCCAAUAUAGCUGGAAUGACUAUGUCAUUUCCAUAGCAACAGCAAUAAUGAAUACAACUCCCAAGUUCUAAAUAAACAAACAAUAUCGAUUUAAUUCAGCCAGGGGAUAAACCCAAAGUUAUUGAAGAGCAGACAAUUGGCUGUAUAUGCCUUUUACAAUGGAUGCUUACUUUAUUUUGGUAGUAUUGGGUUCAGAUGAUGUAAACACAUGUAGGCUAUAGAGAAGAAAUUGUGAGAGAAAACAUGGCAUUAACUGUAAUAAGUAUAACAUGUUAACGUAAUAUGUUAUAUACAAAGUAUUUUGCUUAUACUGUCCUCUUUUAAUUCCUUAUACAGCUUACUUUAAGUAAGAUGAGUGACUAUUUUGUUUCAUGUACAGAAAUUUAAGGAGAAGCUGCUAUCAAAAAUGUUGACUUCCAUGCAAGAACAAGAACAAGCACUAAGCACUUAUGCUGAACAGACCAGUUCACAGAUUGAAGACAGGGAGCCUUUUUCAUUUCACAAUCACAUGUGAUGAAUUGAGAUAUUUCAGUUAGCAUUCACUCAUUUUUUGUUUUGUUCUUGAGUGACAGCUGUGUUCAGCGCUUUGUUUUUAUGUACAGAAUUCCAUGCAUAGACAUUAAACUGUGAUGUGUCAUUUAAAUAAUGAAUGCCAUUCUUUGUAUAACAGAUUGUAGUAACAAUGGAAUGACAGCGUUGCACUUCUUAUUGCCUUUUCAACAGAGUCGCUGGCAUUACUGUGUGAGUAGAUAAAUAAAUAAUAAUAAAGUUUCCAUUCAUAUUGAAAA